ACAGGUACAGGUGGAGUACUCAGUUGUCGUUGUGUUUGUUGUUCUGCUUCAUCACCGGACCAAGAACACCCGAAACGACUGAAGCGAGCGCUGAAGCUUUAUGUUAGUUUAUUUAAAAAAUAAAAAUAUUUUAAAAUGUUUUACCGGAAAAAGAAACUUAAGGAAAAUGAAACUGAAGGGAAGUGAAACUAACGGUGACAAAACAAGUCCCGAGUCCACGCCAGAGCGAGAGCCAUGGCGUCCGCGGAGUACUCCGAGGAGGUGACGUGUGCCGUCUGUCGGACCCUCUUCACGGACCCGGUGACUCUCCCCUGCGGACACUCCUUCUGCAGGCGGUGCGUCGGGGCUCCGCGGUGUCCCCCCACCAGUCUGACGCUGGAGAGGCUCGCGGAGAAGCUGAAGCGGGACAACGGGAGCGGAAGGGCGGAGGUGUCUGAGCUGUGCCCGGAGCACGAGGAAAAGUUCAAGCUGGCUUGUGUGGUGUGCCGAGACCAGGAGCGGCACGAUGGGCACCAGUUCAAACCCGUCCAGGAAGCAGCCGCGUCCCUGAGACAGGAGCUGGAGGAGGACGUGGAGGCCUUUGGCGGUGACAUCGCAGCUACGGAGCGCCUCGCACACGCACAGAGGGACGCGAUGGCGAAGACCGAGGAGAAGUCUCAGCAGCUGGCGACGCAAAUCCAGACGCAGUUUGAGGAGAUGCACCGAUUCCUGAGGAAGAGAGAAGAUGAGAUGAAGGAUGAGCUGCGAUGCCAGGACGAAGCCACUGUGGAGGCAAUGAGGGUGAGCUUAGACGCCAUGGAGACCGCUUUGUCCGAGAGCAGGGAGGCGAAGGCAGAGCGGACGUCGGUUCUGCAGAUCGAAGACUCUGAGGGAUUCUUGAGGAGCUGGACUCGGGGUCCGGCCCCGCAGCGCUCCUUCAGGCCCAGGGCGAACGCUCUCCAAGUGGUGGACACCUCGCUCUCUUUGGGGCCUUACGAAAGCCACCUGCAGUUCUUCGUGUGGAAGGAGAUGCUGCAGGUGAUCCAGCCCCGAGCAGAGCUGCUCUCACUCAAGACCACCAGCGCCGAUAUAACAGUGUCGGAUGAUGGGCGGAGUUUGUUUUGCACGCCCGAGAGCAAACAAGCUCCAUCAGGUUUUGACCAAAGCAAAAGUUUCGGCACCUCGGCAUUUGGCCAAAGCCAAGGUGUUAGCUCCACCUCUGCAUUUGGCCAAACCAAAGGUGUUGGCUCCACCUUGGCAUUUGGCCAAGGUGUUGGCUCCACAUCGGCAUUUGGCCAAACCAAAGGUGUUGGCUCCACCUUGGCAUUUGGCCAAGGUGUUGGCUCCACAUCAGCAUUUGGCCAAACCAAAGGUGUUGGCUCCACCUUGGCAUUUGGCCAAGGUGUUGGCUCCACCUCGGCAUUUGGCCAAGGUGUUGGCUCCACCUCGGCAUUUGGCCAAACCAAAGGUGUUAGCUCCACCUUGGCAUUUGGCCAAACCAAAGGUGUUGGCUCCACCUCGGCAUUUGGCCAAACCAAAGGUGUUAGCUCCACCUUGGCAUUUGACCAAACCAAAGGUGUUGGCUCCACCUUGGCAUUUGGCCAAACCAAAGGUGUUGGCUCCACCUUGGCAUGUGGCCAAGGUGUUGGCUCCACCUUGGCAUUUGGCCAAACCAAAGGUGUUGGCUCCACCUUGGCAUUUGGCCAAGGUGUUGGCUCCACAUCGGCAUUUGGCCAAACCAAAGGUGUUGGCUCCACCUUGGCAUUUGGCCAAGGUGUUGGCUCCACCUCGGCAUUUGGCCAAACCAAAGGUGUUAGCUCCACCUUGGCAUUUGGCCAAACCAAAGGUGUUGGCUCCACCUUGGCAUUUGACCAAACCAAAGGUGUUGGCUCCACCUUGGCAUUUGGCCAAACCAAAGGUGUUGGCUCCACCUUGGCAUUUGGCCAAACCAAAGGUGUUGGCUCCACCUCGUCAUUUGGCCAAACCAAAGGUGUUAGCUCCACCUUGGCAUUUGACCAAACCAAAGGUGUUGGCUCCACCUUGGCAUUUGGCCAAGGUGUUGGCUCCACCUUGGCAUUUGGCCAAACCAAAGGUGUUGGCUCCACCUUGGCAUUUGGCCGAGGUGUUGGCUCCACCUGGGCAUUUGGCCAAGGUGUUAGCUCCACCUCGGCAUUUGGCCAAACCAAAGGUGUUAGCUCCACCUCGGCAUUUGGCCAAACCAAAGGUGUUGGCUCCACCUGGGCAUUUGGCCAAGGUGUUAGCUCCACCUCGGCAUUUGGCCAAACCAAAGGUGUUAGCUCCACCUUGGCAUUUGGCCAAACCAAAGGUGUUAGCUCCACCUUGGCAUUUGGCCAAGGUGUUGGCUCCACCUCGGCAUUUGGCCAAACCAAAGGUGUUAGCUCCACCUCGGCAUUUGGCCAAACCAAAGGUGUUAGCUCCACCUUGGCAUUUGGCCAAACCAAAGGUGUUAGCUCCACCUUGGCAUUUGGCCAAGGUGUUGGCUCCACCUCGGCAUUUGGCCAAACCAAAGGUGUUGGCUCCACCUUGGCAUUUGGCCAAACCAAAGGUGUUGGCUCCACCUUGGCAUUUGGCCAAACCAAAGGUGUUGGCUCCACCUUGGCAUUUGACCAAACCAAAGGUGUUGGCUCCACCUUGGCAUUUGACCAAACCAAAGGUGUUGGCUCCACCUCGGCAUUUGACCAAACCAAAGGUGUUGGCUCCACCUUGGCAUUUGACCAAACCAAAAGAUUGGCCUUUACCUAAACUGCUCAUCCAGGAAGCUCUCCUUCUACGAUGCAGACGACAUGACACGUAUUUACACUCUGUUUUACACGUAUUUACACGCCACUGUCAGCAUACUUUAACAUCAGAGUCACAGCAGCUGAUCGUAACCCUCUGACAGCGUGCUGGUACUGAGGAAGAAACAUCCCAUAAUAAGUUUCAGCAAAUACCAAAAUUGCAGCAAAUACCAAAAUGAGGCCGGUUCAAAGUGAAUGUUAUGCAUUAUCUGUGAUUCAGUGUUCUGAGGUUUCCUCUGCUGUGUGUCUGACAUGUCAUGUCUCUCUGUCGCCACUAGAGGGCGCUGCUGUCACGUGACCUCCUGUGUAUGAGGCCGGUGAACAGCAGCCUCAGUUUUUAAUGAAUACUAAAAUAACAUGACCAAAUAUGCUCAAUAAAACUGUAUUGAC